AUGGAUGAAUACACCCCCGACGCUAUCGUCAAUCGGAACGAACCGGUGCCCGUGAUCUCCGCGGGGAAGACCAAAGAUGACGCAAAACCCCCCAAGUCCCAACGCAGCUCGCAUACCAGGUCGGGAUCGCGGUCGCUGCAGGACAGGCUGUUCACAAAAAUCCUAGAACAAGUCGUCCCCCGGGAUGGAGAGGCUGGGUCGAUCUCCGUCGAAGACAGACUGAACGCUGCAGACGCCAAGCGGCCUGCGUUCAGUCUCCCAUUAAUGGGAAAUAACUUUCGUCGAUUUAACGCAAGAAUUGGCGUCGUUUUCCACUUCCAAAACCAAGUCGAGCGCGUGCUGAACUGGAAGCACCCUUCCCACACAUUCUCCUUCUUAUUCGCCUAUUCUUUGAUAUGUCUUGAACCCCAUCUGCUCGUGGUCCUCCCGAUGAUGGUCUUUUUACUGUUCGUCAUGGUUCCUGCCUUCCUCGCUCGCCACCCCCCACCGCCGGCACCGUCGACAUCGAGCAUCAUGCCCUACUAUUCCUUCCAGGGCCCCGCGCUGGCUCCCGCGAAAACCAUCACACCGGCAUCGGAGACGUCCAAGGACUUCUUCCGGAACAUGCGCGAUCUGCAGAACAGUAUGGCCGAUUUCUCGGAUGUGCAUGAUUCACUGGUGUCGGUCUUUGCGCCGUUGACGAAUUUCUCCAACGAACGACUGUCAUCCGCCGUUUUCCUCAUGGUGCUGUUUGCAACGAUUGUGCUGUUUGCCGUGUCCGACCUGAUGCCGUGGCGGGUAAUCGCGCUCAUCGGCGGCAACGCGGCCAUCCUGUCCAAGCACCCGAGCCUUCAGGAUCUCCUCCAGACCAUUGCAUCGGAUUUCACCAGCGAACGCUCCGACCGGGACCGGGCAUUCCUCAGCGCGCACAAGGAGGCUCUAGAGGCCGCAGGCCUGUCGCUGGACUCCUUGCCGUCCGACCCGUCCGCCGCGAUGUCGCUGCUGGGAUCCUUGGCCGACAUCACGCUGGACACAUAUCCCGAGGAGCGCGAGGUCGAGAUCUUCGAGAUCCAGUGGCGCUCCCUGGCCCCCUUCUCCGAGACGCCUUGGGAGCAUUUCGUAUUCAGUUCCCUGCCGUACGACCCGCUCUCCCCGUACCGUUUCGCCGGGGACCGACCCAAGGGCUGCCGCUUCUUCGAAGACGUCCGACCGCCCCAUGGGUGGGCCUGGAAGAGCAAAAAGUGGGAACUCGAUCUAGACUGCCGGGAAUGGGUCGUCGAACGGAUGAUCACCGGCGUCGGCUUCGAAGUUUCCGGCAGCAGUCCAGACGAGGGAUCCUCGCCCGGCGACGAAAUCGGCGGCUGGGUCUGGGAUCUGCCGUCGGAUGAGUCCCGCCGGGAGGACACCGUCGUCGCAAAGGCGCUCGGGCACGAAACCUUUGACGCCGAUCCAAAGCCCAGCACCGACGACACCAAGGCGAAGCGCAAGGGGAAGGGCAGGGUAUCUCGCGAUUUCGAGGAAAGGGGAGGCGCCGCGGCGCUCCAGAUGGGCGAAUGGCGUCGACGACGAUGGGUCCGCAUUGUACAUAGAGUCAGCGUGCCAUCCGAGGCUAGCUAG